AUUUUACUAUGGAAAGGUACCUUCUUUGUUAUUAACUUUAGGCAACAAAUUUAAUAAAGUAUGUAACUUAUACUUCCAAACUUUUUAUAUUCUCAUCCUAAUGCUAAUCUAUCAACAAUUUUAGAUUUUAUAAUAAUAGAAGGAAUUAAUCAAUAAUCUAUGAGGUUAUUCACAGAAUAGUAUUUAUUCAUUUAUAUUUUUAAGUGUCACUUAAGACUUCCAAUAAUUUUGGGAGAUGUUAUUAAUAAUUAAUUUUAAUGAAGCAAACUAAGAUUCCAGGUAUUAUCUUUUAUAUUUCAUAUAAAGGUAUCCCUUCAUUGUUACAGAAAUCAUUAAAAAACAAUCAGAAAUGAUAUUUGAUUUUCUUUUUUAAUUAAACUUUAUAGAACAAAGUGAAUGCAUAGAGUUCUUAUUCUAAACUCUUGAUAAUGACUUUUUAGAAGCUCCAAAUGCUGCUUACUUUUCAAAAUUUGUAUGUUCACUUAUAGAUACUAGAGGAAUAUAUGUAUUUCUAUUAAAAUUUAUAAUAAGCUUCUGAAUUAUUUAAUUCUUUAUGGGAAAUAUAUUAUUGAUGAUCUCAUUAAACAUAUCGAUAAUAAUCAUAUUGCUAAUAUAAUUUAUAAUUUAAUUGGAUUAAUAAAUAAAAAAGGCUUACAAGAUCCUGAUUUUAAACAAUAAAGAAUUUUUUUCUUAUAAAGAAUUAUUUGCAUCCUUUAAAAUAAAUACUAUGAUUCAUAAAUUGUUGAAAAUAUAUCCAAUAUAAUCAUUAAUUUAUUAGAAAACGUAAAUGAAUUGGAAUACAAAAAAUUGAUUUUUUAAUCUAUUUAUUAUCCUGAAACUUUUUUCAUGUUAAUUGUAAUUUUUAGUAUUUUUAGAUUAGCUUCAAACAAAGUCAGUUUAAUUGGUUGAUAUUUUAAUUUUGUUACUUCGUGAAACCUUAGAUGAUUUAUAAUUUAACUAUCAAUCAUUCUAAAUUAUAGGACAAUAAUUUGUUUAAGCCCUUAAAAUGGAAAAUAAUUAGUGUAUUUAUAUUUGAUAUUAUUAAGUAAAUUUCAUGAGCACAUAUGGAUAGGAAUAAGAAAUUUUGGGAUAAACUAAAUUAAAACUAAUAGAAUUCUAUUAUAAUAUAUUACAAACAGAAAAUUUAACUUUAAUAUAAUACUUUGAUCACUAAGAAAUAUAGAGUAUUCUUAUGUAGUUUAUUUAAAAAUAUGAAUUUAAUAACUCCCUUUAAAACUAUUAUCUUUAAAUUAUCUUCUAUAUCUUUAAUAAUCAAAAUUUAGUUUAAAUUUAAUAAACUAUUUUUGAUAUGGAUUUAUUAGGUUUUUUAUGCUUAUUAAAUACAAAAUACUAUAAAUAAGUUGGCAAAAUAAAAAAGCCAAUUACAAAAGGCUAUUAGGGCAUGGCUAAUAAAUUAACAUUAUAUUUUCAAUAAGUAAAUUAUACAGAUUAAUGGAAUAAUUACAAAAAUAAUCAUUAAAGUAUAUUAGAUUUAGAAAUUAAUUAUUUAUUGGGCAUUCAUCCUACUGAAUCUCACAGUAAAAUACCAGAAAUAUUAUAAUAGUAGGAUCAGAAAAAAGAAGAAUAAUAAAUAUAAUCAAAUUAAACUUAAUCUGAAUAAAUUAAUGAGGAUUAAGAUAUAAAUUAAAUUAAUGAGGACAAAGAUAUUAAUUAAAUUAAUGAGGAUUAAGAUAUAAAUUAAAUUAAUGAGGACAAAGAUAUAAAUUAAAUUAAUGACGAUUAAGAUAUAAAUUAAAUUAAUGAAGAUUAAGAUAUAAAUUAAAUUAAUGACGAUCAAUGUAUAAAUUCAUAAUAUCUUUUAGUUAAAAUAGCAAUAGACAUAGUUGAAAAUAAUUUUUAAGAUCAUACUAACAUUGGAGAGAUACUUAGUGAAUAGCUUCUCCAUCAAGUAAAAAAAAAUAAAAACAUAUCUAAAAGUGGGUUAAUAAAUAUUAACGCGGAUAAUGAUCCUGAUAUAAGAUUUUGUAGUAAAUCAUUAAUAAUUACAGAUAAAAAGAAAACAGAAAGGAAAUCAUCUUCCUAGGAAAAAGUCAAUUAGAUAAAAUAAUGAUAAG